AUGACUGCUGGAAAUAACACAGCAGAUAACUCAACUGUGACUGCUGGAAAUAACACAGCAGAUAACUCAACCGUGACUGCUGGAAAUAACACAGCAGAUAACUCAACCGUGACUGCUGGAAAUAACACAGCAGAUAACUCAACCGUGACUGCUGGAAAUAACACAGCAGAUAACUCAACCGUGACUGCUGGAAAUAACACAGCAGAUAACUCAACCGUGACUGUUGGAAGUAACACAGCAGAUAACUCAACUGUGACUGCUGGAAGUAACACAGCAGAUAACUCAACUGUGACUGCUGGAAGUAACACAGCAGAUAACUCAUCUGUGACGGCUGGAAGUAACACAGCAGAUAACUCAACUGUGACUGCUGGAAAUUACACAGCAGAUAACUCAAUCGUGACUGCUGGAAAUAACACAACAGAUAACUCAACUGUGACUGCUGGAAAUAACAUAGCAGAUAACUCAACCAUGACUGCUGGAAAUAACACAGCAGAUAACUCAACCGUGACUGCUGGAAAUAACACAGCAGAUAACUCAACUGUGACUGCUGGAAAUAACACAGCAGAUAACUCAACUGUGACUGCUGGAAAUAACACAGCAGAUAACUCAACUGUGUCUACUGGAAAUAACACUGCCGAUAACUCAACAAUAGCUGCUGGGAACAACACAUGGACCAGCUCAGCCAACAGUACAUGGAUCGAGAUCAACAAUGGACCGCCGUGUCCCAUGGGGGUGAACGAGUCAUACGAAUCCCAUAAUGCAGUGGACGGCAACACUUCCUGUUCUAUCACUGGAGAUGAACUCGACCCAUCAUGGACCAUAUCGUUUGGUUCCAAAGUUUACAACAUCCACAAAAUCACGAUGGAGUUACCUUGGAUGCAGUAUAAGACGCGAGCUGUGAACAUGACCGUGGACGUAAUAUCAGGACCCAGCGCCUACAACAGGACUCGUUGUAAACUGGACGGCCGCCAGCGCUAUCCCCUUCUCAAAACCAGAUGUUCGAACGCACGUGGGUAUGCCGUCCGGGUGACAGCCAAGUACGAUAUACCAAGACCCCUUCGCAUACGUGACCUUCGCAUAUAUGGACGGGAUCUGGGAUCUGGCUGUGACACCCCUACAGUGGUAGUCGGUAAACGUCGCCAGUACAACUCGACCAGCUAUAAGGCCGUGUUAAGGGAACACUGCGACAUGAAGGGCGGCUACUACUACCAGGGCGGAAACUAUAAGGGGCAGUGCUCGUAUGGUAGUAGGUGGAGUUAUAUGUCAACCAUAUGUGGAAAUGACGAAAAUAUAGCAAAGAGCAAAACAGUUACAGUCCGUACUCUCCCCAUCUUUAAUGGUGUGAAUACUGGUGACGUCGUAGAUGACGAUCCUAACACCUGUGUGGAGAUGUCAAAUUUGACUGGGCACACUUGGCUCUUGGACUUAGGAGACAUUUAUGAAAUAAGAACAGUUACAUUAUCUCUUCCUGAAUCUGCAUCGGCAGACGAGUUCAAGAUGACAGUCAGCAGCGCCAUUGAAUCAUCAACUAAGACUUGCUACCAGGAGACCAGUGACAACUUAUAUGUAUUAAACGGCAUCAGGACGGUCGCCUUCCAUUGCUAUGGCAACCCCUAUGGAAGAUACGUCACGAUGUCCGUCGCCCUUGACAACCCGGCGAGAGUGAAACUUUGUGAAGUGAGAGCAUUUGGAAGACGUCAGACUGACAGACCACUGGAGUGCAUAGAGCGAUACCGAGGGCGCGAAUACAAGGGCGGUGUGAACUUCACGUCGAACGGGCAGAGCUGUGUCAGGUGGGACGCCAUACACGGUCUGAAUUACAGCAGUGACGACUUCCCCGACUACAGUCUACAGGAGGCGGGCAACAAGUGUCGCAAUCCGUGGGUAGAGGGCAGCAACCCGUGGUGCUACACAUCUCUCAGUAAGAGCUGGCAAUACUGCCCUCUUGUCUACUGCAAAUCUAUCUGCUCGUUUGGCAAGUCCGGAGACCAGUAUGCAGGCAGAAUGAGUAAAUCCAAGUCAGGACAACAGUGUCAGGAGUGGCACAGGAACGAGCCGCAUCGACACAGGUUUAAGUUGAAAGCUCAGUUUCCUGAUCUGAACGUCUACCAGGCUUACUGUCGAAACCCUCUAGCGUCCCAGACCACACCCUGGUGUUUCACAACCAAAACUUCACUGAGAUACGAGGCGUGCAACGUGCCAGCUUGUCAUACAGAGUUUGAUGUUUUCACGGCCCGGAUUCACAACUCAAGCGGCCUUGAACAUUUUGAAAACCAGGAGCAGUGUUUUUAUUGGGCGACCUCGUUAUCGGCUCAACCAAUGAACACUGACGAUUCGUCCAGUAUCUGCCGGUCGAGAAGCACGGCGGUAACGCUCUGUAGUGAGAAGGUUGGAAACACGUUUCAGUGGAAAUAUAUCGUGCUCGACUGCUAUAUACCAACUACAACUACGACAACUACUACAACUACAACACAACCGACCACAACUUCUACAAAUCAGCCGACGACAACAGCACCUUCUACUACUACCCAAUCAACCACAACACCAACAACAACCACAACAACCCCUCCAACAACUAGCACUACAACCCAGUCAACCACAACAGUGACAACAUCUACAACAACCCCUCCAACAACUAGCCCUACAACCCAAUCAACCACAACAGUGACAACAUCUACAACAAUCCCAUCAACACCCUCUACUACUACUACAACCAAGCCAACCACGACUUUGACAUCAUCAACAACUACUUCACCAUCAACCACGGCGACUAUCGCUACUUCAACGCCGGAUUCAACCAAUGGGGACACGUGUCUCGUAUUGCCGUUUAUUUCGACGCUUCUGACCAAUGGGAUUGCGUCUUUGUGUAGGUGUCGGCGCAGAUACACGCCGGAAGAGGUGGCCGCGAUAAAACAAUGGAUAGAACAUGUCUGGGAUUCGUUGAUACUGGACAAGAGAAACCUGACGAAAUACAAACGACAGUUCUACAGCGUCGCCGAUAACAGACCUCUUUCAAUAACGUUCGGGGCGUCCUCCAUAAUCAUAAUUAUUGGUGUGGCAGCUUUCCUGUCUCUCUCUGAUGUGAUUCGCGUAUCGGUGUGGGUGUAUGAAAGCGUCAUAAAAAAAAAAAAAAUUAUGUCACCGGCAGCAAUCGGUGCAAUGACUGGAGGAGAGAGCGAGAGGGCCAAGGAGAGUCAUUUAAAUAUUUUAAACUGAAAUGAGUCUGGCUACAUAUUUUCAAAGCUACUUUAGCACUACGAUAUCGUAACAAUCGUCGCAAGCUAUGACGUCACUAAGACUCAUGCCAUAGCCUACUGUGGUUGUACGAUAUCGUAGCGUUAACGUAGCUUCCAAAAUCUGCUCCCAGGAACAUAGGCGAGAACGAUGGCAGCAAACAGGGAUGGGUUUCCAUACCCUCCCCCGGUGAAUUUGUUAAACGAGAAUACAGACCGGUCCUACGAAAACUAUGUCCUGAUAGAAUUGCAAUGAAUUAUGGUCAAUAUUGUUGUGAAUUUUUCAGAAAGUUAUACGAAGCACAAUAACAAUAUUAGAAUCAUGCGUGAAUCUAGAGGAUGGGUCCUAGACCUCCCCAGUUCACGACAAAGAGUUGUUUUUGUUUUUUUGUUUUGGUUGUUUUUUGUUUGUGGUUUGUUUGUGGUUUGUUUUUGUUUUGUUUUUUGUUUUUUUGUGGGGGUUUUUUUUUUUUGGGGGGGGGGGGUCUAAUUUAAACUGCAUUCACUACUAAUAUACAAUUUCACUGUAAGUAAUGAAAUGUAGGCACCCCCAUACAAAAACAAAAUCCGGUCUUUCAUAUGGUGGAGGGGGCCGCAGAGGGACAACGCGAAUUCUUUGGAGUCUUGAUUCGGAUCUUUAAUGGCGUCGCAGACAAAUUGUAACCGUUGCCAUGACUUCACGUUCCAGGCUCUAAUAGGAAGGAAAGAAACAUUUUAUUUAACGACGCACAUUUUAUUUACGGAUAUGGCGUCGGGCAUAUGGCUAAGGACCGCCUAUAUGUCGAUAGAUAAAAAACGCUGUCGCCACUUCAUGGGCUACUCUUUUCGAUUAGCAGCAAGGAAUCUUUUAUAUGCACCAUCCCACAGACAGGAUAGCAAAUACCACGGCUUUUGUUACACUAGUUGUGGAGCACUAGCUAGAAUGAGAAAUAGCCCAACGGGAUCAUCGACGAGAAUCGAUCCUAGAUCGAUCGCACAUCAGGCGAGCACUGCGCUAUUGAGCUACGUCCAGCCCCUAAUAGAGAAUUGAGUUUAAACUUUACAGAUAUCAUGAGCUCGGGACAGGGCCCAGUCUUCAGAGGUGGAAGUGACAGAUAUCAUGAGCUCCGGACAGGGCCCAGUCUUCAGAGGUGGAAGUGACAGAUAUCAUGAGCUCCGGACAGGGCCCAGUCUUCAGAGGUGGAAGUGACAGAUAUCAUGAGCUCCGGACAAGGCCCGGUCUUCAGAGGUGGAAGUGACAGCUAUCAUGAGCUCGGGACAGGACCCAGUCUUCAGAGGUGGUAGUGACAGAUAUCAUGAGCUCCGGACAAGGCCCGGUCUUCUGAGGUGGAAGUGACAGAUAUCAUGUGGAAGUGACAGAUAUCAUGAGCUCGGGACAGGACCCAGUCUUCUGAGGUGGAAGUGACUGAUGUCAUGAGCUCGGGACAGGACCCAGUCUUCUGAGGUGGAAGUGACUGAUGUCAUGAGCUCGGGACAGGACUCAGUCUUCUGAUGUGGAAGUGACAGAUGUCAUGAGCUCGGGACAGGACCCAGUCUUCUGAGGUGGAAGUGACAGAUGUCAUGAGCUCGGGACAGGACCCAGUCUUCAGAGGUGGAAGUGACAGAUGUCAUGAGCUCGGGACAGGACCCAGUCUUCUGACGUGGAAGUGACAGAUGUCAUGAGCUCGGGACAGGACCCAGUCUUCUGAGGUGGAAGUGACAGAUGUCAUGAGCUCGGGACAGGACCCAGUCUUCUGACGUGGAAGUGACAGAUGUCAUGAGCUCGGGACAGGACCCAGUCUUCUGAGGUGGAAGUGACUGAUGUCAUGAGCUCGGGACAGGACACUGUCUUCAGAGGUGGAAGUGACUGAUGUCAUGAGCUCGGGACAGGACCCAGUCUUCUGAGGUGGAAGUGACAGUGACACCUCCCCCACUUCAUCCCCCAGUUUCCGACUCUUAUGUGAAACGUUACACACCAUACUGUCAAUGAGUUUUGUAAUUUCUCACAAUUUAAUCGUUGUCAUGACCAAAGACCUGGAAAUUCAAAGUGACCGAGGUCUAGUCUCCAGUAUUUGCAUCACAGUUGUCGACUUGAUCUGUUGGUGACAACUAGCCGUAUAGGUGCACUCUAGUCUGUAGCUGCAUUCACACAUCUGUCCCGGGACAAGCCCCUGGCUAUCCAGAGACAGGCCCCGGGACAAGCCCCUGGCUAUCCAGAGACAGGCCCCGGGACAAGCCCCUGGCUAUCCAGAGACAGACC